AUGUUGGGGUUGGAGAGAGGUUUUGUGCUUGGGGGGCAAGGUUCGGAGGUCCAAAGAAGAUGCCUGCUGGGCGGCCCACUCAGAAUGGAUGUACCACAAGCGACUUUACACAGUUUAUCUGCAACUGACUUUCCCCUGACCUCGGGAUCCCCUCACAUCGAAGUGGGUGUGCGAUCGCCCUCCCAACAUGCUGGAGUGGCCCUGCAACCCCUUGGUCAUGGUGGGUCACUCCAGCCCAUUGCAUGCUCCAAUGUGGGUAGGCGGUCGCCUGCCUGCAGCAUGUUCAGGUUUACCGGGCCGAGGGCAGACAACCGUGUACCUGCGUUGGAGCAUUCACAGGGCCAAGAUCACAUGCAUUGUGGCAAAGGGCUGGCUUGGCUGUCCAUUCCUGGUGACAACUGUUGCAACUGGUGCACUGUAAGGGUUGUCUGGAAAUAG